UCCAACAUCUCCACUGACUUCACCGCGCGUACUGCGCAUGCGCGGCCGCUGUAUAGCGUAUUGUGCGCAUGCGUGGCAGGCCUUGCUAGCUGUGUUAAUUCGGACGCUUUGUUCGCUGCUGACUGAAGCCGUUUAUUAUCUGCAUUCAUUUCGGUGUCUUUUAUGAAUAAUCAAAAGCAGCAAAAGCCAACGCUUACCGGCCAGCGUUUUAAAACCCGAAAAAGAGAUGAAAAGGAGAGAUUUGAUCCUUCUCAGUUUCAAGAAAGUAUCGUGCAAGGCUUGAACCAAACUGGCACUGACUUGGAAGCGGUUGCAAAGUUCCUUGAUGCCUCUGGUGCCAAGCUCGACUAUCGCCGGUAUGCAGAGACUCUCUUCGACAUCCUGGUGGCCGGCGGAAUGCUGGCUCCAGGCGGGACCCUAUCCGAUGACAUGACUCGUACUGAGUACUGUCUCUUCACGGCAAAUGAGGACCUGGAGACAAUGCAAGCAUAUGCUCAGGUUUUUAACAAGCUGAUCAGGCGGUACAAGUACCUGGAGAAAGGGUUUGAGGAGGAGAUCAAGAAGCUGCUGCUGUUUUUAAAAGGGUUCACAGAGUCUGAGCGUAACAAGCUGGCCAUGCUGACCGGUAUCCUGCUGGCCAAUGGGAACAUUUCAGCAUCCAUCCUGAACAGUCUCUUCAAUGAGAACUUGGUCAAAGAAGGUGUUUCUGCUGCCUUCGCUGUCAAACUGUUUAAAUCCUGGAUCAACGAGAAGGACAUCAACUCGGUCGCUGCCAGUCUGCGGAAAGUUGGCAUGGACAGCAGGCUGAUGGAGCUGUUUCCCGCCAACAAACGGAGCUGCGAGCACUUCUCCAAAUACUUUACGGACGCCGGGCUGAAGGAGCUGUCUGACUUCGCUCGUAACCAGCAGUCCAUCGGUGCCCGCAAGGAGCUCCAGAAGGAGCUGCAGGAGCAAAUGUCCCGCGGAGAGACCCUCAAAGACAUGAUUGCAUACGUCCGUGAGGAGAUGAAGAAGACCAACAUCUCUGAGCAGACGAUGAUCGGCAUCGUGUGGACCAGCAUCAUGAGCUCAGUCGAGUGGAACAAGAAGGAGGAGCUCGUCACAGAACAAGCCAUCAAACACUUGAAGCAAUACAGCCCACUGCUGAAGGCUUUCACCUCCCAGGGUGUGUCUGAGCUCACCCUUCUUUUGAAGAUCCAAGAGUACUGCUACGACAACAUUCACUUCAUGAAGGCCUUCCAGAAGAUCGUGGUGCUGCUCUACAAAGCUGAUGUUCUGAGUGAGGAGGCCAUUCUGAAGUGGUACACUGAGGGCCACGUGGCCAAAGGCAAGAGCGUCUUCCUGGAGCAGAUGAAAAAGUUUGUUGAGUGGCUGAAGAACGCAGAAGAAGAGUCUGAAUCUGAUGAGGAAGAGGGAGAUUAAGAUCUUCAGUUUGGGACCUGCAGCAGCUUGGCAUCAGCUAACAUAGGAGCUGCAGAAUGUUUUGUUGUACUUUUUGUUCAUUUUUAGUUUUUUCCUUUCUUUUUUUUUUUUAUUUUGUUCUUUUGAUUCUACCUCCUGUUUUUUCGACCAUAACAUUUAGAUGUCAUUUAAGGGCUUUGUAACAAAAUGGUUAAUUUUAACAGAUUUUUCUAUCUAAUCUUAAGGUUUACACUUUAAAGAGAAGAAAAUUAUAUAUAGAUAUAUAUAUAAAUGCAUACAGCACAAGUUGUAAAUCGUCAACCCUUUUGUAAGCAUUCACAUGGAGAUGUAGAGUGUUGACAUGUUUGGACAUCUUUAAAUUAUUUAUUACCACAUGAUUCCUUUCGAAAAAAACAUUCCAUGAAAUUUAGCCAGAAUAGAAUCUCGCUGUAUGUUGGCUUAAAGACGGCCCUUUUUAUAAGUGCGUUAUCGAUGCCUUCGUGUCCUUUAGCCCUGAAGGGAAACAGAGCUGCCCAGGCAGUUGGAACACAGAAAUCCUGAUGUGGAUUUUUACUUUGCCACCAUUGCUCCAGACAAAAUGAAUAAAUCAUGUAAAUUGGGUGUGAGCUUUCCAUUUGCUGAGAGAUAGUCUCCUCGUUGUGAAGUUGUUGCCAAAGGUUAUUAAAGCCCUUCCAGAGGACCAUCUGCACCAGCUCUUUCUAGCUGCUCCUGUCAUCAUGUUCAGCUGUACAGCGCCGAGUAACACAGCUAGCUGCCCACUUUAAAUGACCCUUAAAUGACUGCUGGCCUUUUCCCUCUAAUCUCUCACCACCUUUAUUGAUUCAUCACUGAUUUCUUUAAUCUGAUGACCUAAUUGACUUUUUUUAAGAAAUAAAAAUUAGAAGUAGCCUA